UUCCUACUCAUACAGUUUCACUUUCCAUCCAUGUUCUGAACAACAUACGUCCUCGUCUUUAGUGCGAGACGAGAGAAAUGAGAGGCUUCUAAACAGGUGAGUAGCCCAGUUUUUCCCAGCAGAUGGCGGAGCAGUGCAGGACAGUGAGGGUGAGUGGCCUGCCCACUGAUAUAAAGGAGGACCGGCUGACAGACAAGCUAUACAUCCACUUCCUGAGGGCCAGGAAUGGAGGAGGGGAAAUAGCAUCUGCCACCAUUGUCAAGGCAACACCCGGCUCUGCCCUCAUCACCUUUGAGGACAUUGGAGUGGCAAGGAGCGUGCUUCAACAUGGCCGACACAUUCUGAAGGUGGACGGGAAGAAGUAUGAACUCACCUUGAGUGAACCUCACAAAGACCUGGACCCAAAUAAGGUCAUCUUGAGCAUGUCUGUUACAGUGGACUACAGCCAGCUACCUGGAGGAAAGGCAGCAGUGACCAGCCUUGACAGGAGUCUUGAUGUACAGAUCCACUAUAACAACCCAGAGCAGCUCUGCACCCUGCAGGGCCUCUACUCCAAGGUCCAGGCUGCACUGGCCCAAAUACUGGGGCUCCCUGGGGCCCUGGCCUCCACAGAUACACCCCCACCUGGGGCCAAUGGUGUUCUGGGAGUCCCUACUAGAGGCACUAGGGAGCCAACAGACCAUCACAGGAGAGGUGAUGAGCAGAGAGAACGAACAGAGCAGGCCAUGGGUCUAUUCUCAGGUGAUCUAGGCUCAGGCCCACAUAUGGACUUUACGUCUGGAGGUCAGGGCAGGGAAGGGGAGGGGACAGCCCAGGCAGAGGGGGGUGCUGUGGGUCUGUGUCUGUCUGAGGAACCCCCUAUGGUGGAAGAGGACCUCUCCCUGAUCAUGGAUGCAGACAUGUUCCUCUACCUGCAGAGGCACUGUGGAGAGGAGUACCAGGAGAUCCUCACCCAUCAUGGGGUAGAGGUGGUGGAGGUGACCGCUGAGGGGGUGACCACCCUGUUCCUACAGAGAGUACCCAGGGCGGGGGACAUUGGGCAGGAGCUGGAGCGUCUGAGGGGGGCUCGUGGGGACCUGAGCCGGCUCUAUCAGGAGAACGAGGCCAGGCUCCGGCGAGCCCAGCUGCCCAAGAGCGUCCUCUUUCCCAGGGGAGGCCUGUCCAAGGCCAUGGAGAGCCUGCGGGUCAGGCUGCCCAAGCUGCUGCUCAGUGAGGAUGACAGGAACGUCUACAUAGUUGGCAACAGCAGCGAUGUGUCCGAAGCCAAACAGUUCUUCCUCCUGGGGGAGAGAGAGGAGGCGGUGGAGGAUGUAGACAGCUUGUUACGAUCUCCCUCAUCCACAUCUGGUUCCUCCAAGCCAGGGGAAGAGGAGAGACUCACACCCACUCUCUCCUCCACAGCAGGAACACCCCUGGACGCAAGGAUAGAUAAGCUGCUAAAGCAAUAUGAGACAGAGAGAAGGACAGAGGGGGCCCGAGGGUAUAAGUUUGCCCCCCGCUUCAAGGCAUUAGGGCCGGCUGGGCUAGGGACCAGACCUAGGGACACAGUGACGGUAGGGGACCCAUCUCCAAGUUUACGACCAGGCCUUGGACCCAUGUUAGGCCAUGACCUGUUUGGCUUAGACAGAGCAGGGUCAGGUGUUGGGGGACUCCCCAGGCCAGGUACACAGAGUAGUGGAGAGGAUAUCCUGUUCAUGAGAGGUGACCCCCUGUUCACCCCCUCCUCUAUGGAGAAUGGACUCUUCCUGAGCUCAAUACCAAGAGACCUUAGGCAGCAGGGUGAGACAGCCCCAUUAAUCUCAACUCUGAACACCUUGUCAGGGGGCAGCACCAUCCCCACCACCAUCUCACCCUCCGGGUCAGGGUCCACCCUAAAGCGGGCCAGUAGUUUCUCGGGGCGGGCCAGGUCCAAGGUCCAGGACCCAGGACAAAGUGAGGCUGAGAAAGCCACAAACAGAGCCAGGCGGUCCAAUAGCUUGGACAGGAGAAAUGCCUACCGUGCAGAGCUAACCAUUUCCAUGGUGAUAUGGAAUUACAUGAAGGAGGCCUACGCCACUCGUAUACAGGACAUGACCUCUGACCUGCAGAUGAGGGAGAGCCAAUCAGACAAAAGCAGUGACAUCACUGUCGUCCUUAGUGGAGCAGAGUCAUCUGUGGUGAGCACCUGUCAGUUGGAGAUGCAGAAGCUGGUUGCCAUGUUGAAGACAGACUUCUGUUUGCAGGAGUUGCGUCUGGCUGAGUUAGGCGUGUCCGACCCAGCGGAUGAGACUUUAGAAAUGUGCUGUGCUGAGGUGAGGCAACGGUUCAAGAAGGUCUCCAUCCAGACGAUGAGAGAUAGUGUAUUUCUGAUCGGCCCCAAGCAGCUGUGCUCUCAAGUUGGGGCAGCACUGAGGGAGGUGUUCCCUGGAGAGACAGGCCAGAGGGGGGGACAAGAGGACUUCUCUGUCCCCUCUACCUCCACUUUGAAUCAGUCCAGUCCAUCUCAGGUGAAUGGGGUCCAGAACUCCACACAGUUUCAGACCAAUAGCCUUCAGCGGAUGUCUGAGACUCAGAGAGGAGGAGAGGAGGGGCCUGGUGCCAGCAGGGAGGAGAAGAAAAACAUCCUAAGGCGUGAUUCUUCCAAGAGGACGAGAAACAGUGAAUCGGAACACAAGAACACAGUUGUGAGCCAAUCACCAGCAAGGAAAGACCCUGUCAUAAAGGAGAAAGUGGAGAGGGGAGGGACCAUAGAGGCAGACGGGAGCAAGAGUGACACAUUUCUCAGCCAUUCAGCGAUAGGCAACAGAGGAAGGCCGGGAGCAGUGAAUGGUGGCGGGUCAAUGUUCCCGUCAACAUCAGCAGCACAUACCAAUCAAGACAUGGUCACGCCCCCAAAAGAAAGCAACCUGAGAUCCAGAGUGACCCAGAAGGACAACAACAGACAGUCUAGUGGAGCAGAGAACCAGGAAAGGUCAGGGUCAGGGGGAGCUCUCACACGCCAUGGCCCGGGAAGGUCUAGUCUGUCUGGGGCAUGGACACAGAUCUGUGUGUGUGGGGAGAGUGGGCCGUCAUUGAAGAGGACAGGGUGUGGGGUGACCCUGUGCCCACAGUGCCUUCUCAAAGUCCACGUCCAAUGCAGGGUUUGCCCCAAGGCUGAGGUGGCAGUUCCACAGGGCAUCCAGGGUAACAUGAACUACUCUGAGAUGCCCUUCAGCCUGCCAGGCCAUGGCAGAGACACCGCCGUUAAAAUCACCUACUGCAUCCCAGAUGGCAUUCAAGGGGAGGGCCACCCCUCGCCUGGCUCUGCGUUUCGGGGGGGAGUAUUUGAGGCAUACCUUCCCCUAUGUGAGAGGACCAGGAAACUCCUACCACGGCUGGAGAAAGCCUUCAGGCUAGGCCUCACCUUCACUGUGACGGGCAGGGAGCCAGGGGCCAGGGUCAGCUGGGACAGCAUCCCCCACAAGACCAGCCUGCAGGGGGGCAAGUCUGGGAAUGGCUAUCCAGACUCCACCUAUCUGAGUCGCCUGUCUGAAGUACUGAGGGCUAAUGGGAUUGAGGAGGCACCUGCCAAGUCUCAAGACACAAACAAAACCUGACAAGGAUAGCCUUAUCUAUGUUUUUAUAAAGGUGUUUGUUUCUAUCCCGUUUUGUAAGAAUUUAAUCUGUAUGGUAAUGUCUUUUGCACUGUGUACGUAUAAAUCUUGAACGCUU